AUGGUAUUCAAUGAUGAGAUCACUGCCAAAUGGCGCAAAGAAAUUCAGGAUAGUGGAGAAGAUGUCAGUGAGCAAAUGUUAGAGUGGAUCAUCAAAGAAGCACAGUGGAAAUCCAAGGUCUUCCAAGACACUAAGCAUAUUGUCGCAUUUGACAUAGGUGUGGUCAAAUCAGAUGUUGCCAUACCGGAAGAAUUACAACAGGCUCUUAAAGCGGCUGUCCAUCCACUUGAGGCUGAGGGGCAGAAGGACUAUCAUCCUGGAAUAGAUAAUAUGGUGGUUGACCUAGUUGACCCAUCAUUAUUCCCUGUGGUAUAUGGUCGAACGCGCAUCCUGCCAGAUCGACUCAUCAGUGCAGGAGGCACCCCAUUCGACCCUACAGCCUCAGGUUUCAAUGGCUACCCUGUGACAUUCACUUUGGACCAGAUGAAUGAAUAUGAACGCAUUAAAUACUAUGCAGUGGAGUAUGAUGAACAUCCAGAACCUGAGCCAGAGCCAGAGCCGGCAGAUGAAGAUGAAGAGAAUAGUGAUGUAUACUGGGAGAGACACCGGGCAUGGCAAAGACGACAGCCCAUUAAACUACCAGAACCGGGAUGCUUCGUCCCAGACACUGUUAUUGCAUGCAACCAGGUCAAUCUCCGCCAGGAAUUUGCUGAGCGAGGGCUCCAGGUUAUUGUUAAGCUGGCGAACAUCGAGCUAACACCAGAGAAGCCUGAGUAUGAAGGGGAUUCCUGGCAUAUUAAAGGGCAACUGAAUGAGCAUAUCUGUGCUACAGCCAUCUACUACUAUGAUAGUGAGAAUAUCACAGAGAACACUCUUGCAUUCCGUCAACGGGCAAGCAGAAGUAAGGUUGAGGAUAUUGAAUAUGAACCAUCCCGGCAUGAAUUUCUUCAACAGGUCUUUGGCUUUGGGCCUGAUGUGGAUGGUUCUAAUGAAACCAACGUCACACAGCUGCUGGGUAGUAUUAAGACCUGCCAGGGACGUCUUCUUACCUUUCCUAAUAUCCUCCAACAUCGUGUGGCGCCUUUUUCGCUGGCAGACCAGUCUAAACCAGGCCAUCGCAAGAUCCUUGCAUUUUUCCUUGUGGAUCCGCAUCUGCCUAUCAUUUCAUCAGCGAAUGUGCCACCUCAGCAAGAGGACUGGUGGAGAGAACGACAGGAGCUUGUUAGCUGUUUGCUUAGGGAAAGACUGCCUGCCGAACUGCAGGGCAUGGUGAUGGAGUCAUUCGAUGCUUCCCCCAUCACAAUGGAGGAGGCUAAGCAGUACCGAAAGGAGCUGAUGGAGGAGCGUUCGUCCAAGUCGGCGGUGCAGAACGAGAGCUUGGCAAGUUUUGAGUGCCGCAGUGGAGCUCCGCGGUUUAGCGGUGAUAAUGUGCCGGAUUUCUUGCGAGUCAUGGACAACCUCUUUCGCAGAUAUCUUAUCUCUGAGAAGCAGUUGCUGAAAGAAGAUGUCGUGAUUGCAGAGGCCCUGGCCCAGGAGUCAAGCCUUGCAAUCGUGGCGAAGCGAGAGUCUUCACCUUCGAUGACCUACCGGGCAGUGUCCAGUCACAAAUGCUCUCCUUAA